AUGCCCCGUUCCUUCCUGGUGAAGAAGAAGCAGGGGUUGUGUGGAGGAUGGAGAUGGAAAGAUCCGGAAGAGGUAGAGAGUGCCGAGGACCUCCAAACAGAAACUACGCCAGCUCCAGAGCCCAGCCCUGAACCUCCUGCCCCUCCUAUCCACCCUGAACCUGCUGUACUGCCCCCUGCCCCAGAUCCAGAGAUGCAAGCAGGCCGGACCUGGCACUCCAUGCUAACCGCCCACCGACCCCACCUCAACAUUCAGUCUCCCUCUCCCUCUCUCACUCAGCCACGCCCCCCUCCUGGGGCAGGGGACUUCCAGUGUUCCGUGUGCCACAAAGUGUUCCCCCUGCAGCGCAUGCUAACACGACACCUCAAGUGCCACAGCCUGGUGAAGAGGCACCUCUGCAGGUUCUGCGGCAAGGGCUUCAACGACACGUUUGACCUCAAGAGGCACAUGCGCACUCACACCGGUAUCCGGCCGUACAGGUGCGAGCUGUGCGAGAAGGCUUUCACCCAGCGCUGCUCCCUGGAGUCGCACCUGCGCAAGAUCCACGGCGUGCGGCAGCAGUACGCCUACCGCCAGCGCCGCUCCAAGAUCUUCGUCUGCGAGGACUGCGGCUUCACCUCCACCCGCCCCGAGGAGUACUUCCUGCACGUGCGCCAGUGUCACCCUGGCAGCCCCGCCCUGAGGCGGUACUAUCGCAAACACGCCCAGGAGCAGGCCGCCGCCCACAGCCACAGUCAUGUCCAAAACCACACCAAACACAGACUGGGGCCCCUGGUAAUCUAUCCCACGUCAGGAUACUUAAUCUGAGCCCCUACCACUUCAACUUUCACCCCACCCACAGUUGAAGCCCACAUUUGGCAUUUAUUGCCAUUCUUUGCCUGUUGGCUGAUGCCUGUUAUUGAGUAGGUUUCUGAAUUUAUUAAGCAACCCUCCUGACCACACUCCCUUUGUGUACAUCUUAAUGGGACUAUCAGGUUAAAUAAAUGUAAACUAAAAAAGUAAUGAAAGCAGGAAUACACAAAACAGGCCAAUCUGUUUGUGGGAUUUCAUGACCUAUUUCUGACUCUUCUUCAGUUAGACACAUCAUCCAUUUGAUCUGUCAGUCUUUAUAGCUAUAAGCUACAGCUGCAGACUGCAUGUUAUCCUUGGAAGAAAUGUUUUUACUGUGGUCCAAUAUAGGAGUGAAUCAGCAUUGGUGCUGACAGAGGUUCAGAAUUUAAGCCAGAAUAAUUGGAGGAGAAACAAGGACACACACUGGCCUUUGGGGAAUGGAGUUGUGCCCCCAUGUAUAUAUUAUGUUAAUAACAUCUAUAGACAAAUGUAAUAACGUCCUGACAUUUCUAAACAGCUAACAUAAUACCUUGAAGAAAGAAAAACAGUCAAACUGUAUGCUCCAGUGUCUUUUUGCUCUUAUUAUUUGAAAUGUUAAUAAAAUGUUGUGACUUUGUUAAUCUUCCUAUUAUGUUGAAAUUUAAUGACAUCUUUAAUGUUUGGGGUCAAUUUGACCCCAACACUUUAAACCAACACAAGAUUAUUGUAAUAGAAAAACCUGAGGCUUUUUGUGUCACCCCCGUGUCUCCCAAAUGACUAGCCUUUCAUUUAUUGUUUCUAACAUGUUGAGACUGUUAAUAAUAAUGCCGUAUCGGAGUGUAGAAUAGCAGGUAGGUAAAGUAAACUGCAUGUUUUGUACACUGCUCCUCUGUGCCUAGUGCUAGUCUUUCAGUGCACAUUCACAGAGCAGUGGCUGACCUAAUCAUGGUUGUGUCUCCUUAUAGAAUGUUAAUGUUCUUGUACAGAUUACGUUUUGUUUUAAACCCUACAUUUAAAAUGAAUAAAUUACAGAUAACUGUUUGCAUUAAACUGUAGCCAUACAAAACAGUGAAGACUUUCUUUCAAAGGAAAUAAAUUAAUUGGGAUUAAUUUUAGAUUCUAAAUCUACAGAAAAUGAGACAUUUGAGGACACAGCCUAUGUAAUACAAUAGGGAACUUUGUAGGAAAUCAAA